AUGAACGACGAAAGGAACUACGUUAUAUUCUUGAUAAUAGAACAUUCUCAAUUAAUACUGGAACAGCCGGAGGCGAUUAUAUAUGGGGUGCUUAAAAUUGUUUGUCCAAUAGAACAGAGGAAGGUCAAAAAUUGGAGUGCUCUAGAAAGCGUUUGGGCUCACGCUUUUAAAAACGACCUCGGUGUAAACCCAAAAGAUCAUCCACUACCGUUAACAGAAGACUUUGAAUUUCCAUAUUUAGUGCGAGAAAAGAUGUCUCAAUUGGCAUUUGAAAAAUUUGAAGUUCCAUCGUUCCAUUUGAACGUCCUAUAUUGUUGUCUGUUUACUCCAUUGGACGAAGUGUCGGCCUUGUUGUUGAGAAUGGGGAAUCUUCAUUUUGAAUCACUUUGGUUAAUGGGGAGCCAUCUACAUAUUUUGGCAUUACUAAAGUUUUCACUUUGGUGGCCAAAACAAAAAGUAAGAAUUCAUCCACUUUCUGAGAGAAAGUACAGUAAAUGGAUUGGUAGGACGAAAAUUGCUUCGCUCAGCAUAUUUAGAGAAAUGAGUGUCAUACGACAACAGUAUGAAAAGUGUGGUCCGUCGGUAGUCUUGCACAAAAAUAUUUCAAUUGUAAAAUAA